AUGGUACCGAGGACGACGGCUACUUCUGCUACUACUACUGACGGAGACAAUGCUACUUCUGCUACUACUACUGACGAAGACGAUGCUACUUUUGCUACUAGUACCGACGAAGACGAUGCUGCUUCUGCUACUACUGCAGACGAAGGUAUUGUGACGGUCGACGAUGCUACGGACGACGCCGCGACCACUGUGGUUGACGACGAAAUACCAACUACGAGCGACGUCGCUACCACGAGCGACGCCCUCGAUGCUGCUCACGACGAUGACGCCACCGAUCCCGACGCGUCUGAGGCCGCUGAAGACGGUAGCAGCGGGUCCCCCCUCGGUGCCGCCAGCUAAACCCCCGGAACGUUCUUCAUGGGCGCGAUCACCGCUGCUGCCGCUGCGAUGUUCGUUGCUGCCUAAGGAAGGAGCGCCGACGACUGGAAGAAAUUCAAAAACGGUUAUUUUUUGUGUCCGUAUUGUUGGUGGGUGACAGUGUGAAGACCCAACCAUCUAGUCUAGUCUAUUGAUUAUAAGUAUGUUACACUACAAUAUCAUUUUGCCACUGGGUAGACUAUGGGGCGGGUACGGGGUACCGCCAUCAUACAGUACACGUGCAGGCACAAGAAACACACGUACAUAGUACGUGUUUGUUAUGGGGGCUGGUGCCGAGGGCGAUGACGUUCGCUUCGGUUCUUCCCGCAGUUUGGUCCUUCCCGUUCGUUGCUCGCUCUCUCAUGAAAUGCCCCCCGCGUAUGAAUGCCGAGAAGCCGAAGAAGAGAAGAACGGAGGUGGGGUUCCGGCGGUAUCCAUAUUGGGAUUCAUUGACCCUUCUCUUGGCUGCGGGCCACCUGGUAGUUUCUACGUGCCUUUGCACCUUGCUGCAUACAGUUGCUUGCUGAGUAUGGGUUGUAGAAUAGUAUAGGCUAUGUGAGGAAGGUUUUUGGGAUGGGGGAUUUUCUGCUACGCCCAUGGUGUCGGGAGGCGCCGCCCAGAGCUUUGGCUGCUGGUGGACGUGAUUUGAUUGCUGACCUUGUGUCGUGUUCGUGUGGCGUUUCUCGUCCUUGUGAGGGCCAUAAACGUCCUGCUCGUAUCUUGCAGUCUAGUAUAGUGAUCAUUGUUGGAUCAGACUAUUAGACUAGAAUCAAUACGAUAGCACUCGUCUUCGCGAAUUGAGGACGGCGGGGUGUGGGGGUCUCCCAUGUUAGAGCGGGAGAGUAUUUGUGUUUUGAGUUGGUAUGCGAGUCGCUAAGCAUUCCUCUCUGGGGGCGGCGAACGACAUUGUUUUUUUGGUGUUGCUUGCGUGUUGUGGGUCGUUUUCUGUCGGUGAAGAUGUUCCAUCUCAUCCACAUUCGCGCGUUGUGUCAUUUGGUGCGCGCACGAAGAUCACUUCUUGGCGAUUACAUUUUCGGGUGGGUAGAUGCUGGUUUUGGGGUACUCCGAGUAAAUGCUGCUGUGUUGAUGUCUCUUCUCCGCUUGGUUUGCGAGUGUGAACAAGAGAAACGAAUGAAUUUAGUCA